AAAUACAAUACACACUUCACAAAUAAAAUGUAUAUUUGUCAAUGUAUAUAAACACGAAACAAUAUUACUAAAAAUAUUGUAUUUGAGUCAGUAUUAUUUACUCGAUUAUUGUACAAGAUGAAAGCCGUAAUUUUUGUAACAUUAUUUGCGCUAAUUGGAUUGGUUCAGCCAACUUAUAUUCCUGAAGAUGACAAAUCAUUGGAAAUUCCAAUAGCAUGCGAGGCUUGUGUAGCGUUUGCAAAAAUAAUCGAGGGAUUGGUUGAGAAGGAGGUCCCAAAGGAAACUGUAGAAAAAGAAGCAGAAAAGCUAUGUGAGCUACUUAGUGGUUCCCUAAAGCAAUUUUGUGAAGAUCAUCUAGUGAGUGUGGUUGAUGUUAUAUACGAUGCCAUUUCCAAAUCUUCACCACUUUUAGUUUGUACUGCUUUACAGUUUUGUUUAUAAAUGUUUAUUAUAUUUAA